UAUAUAUAUAUAUAUAUAUAUAUAUAUAUAUAUAUAUAUAUAGAGAGAGAGAAAGAGAGCGGUCACAUGUGUGUUUCGUAGGUAUUGUAAGUUCGUCAGUUUUUUUAUUUUUUUAUUUUCUUUUUUCAUAAAUGUCUAUUCGAUUUCAAUCUGCAAUGUGAAGUUCGUCGCGUUGUAAAAAAUGGACGACGAGAUCGUGACGGAAGAGCUAAAGAAAUCGAAAAGGCCGUUGAACGAUUUUUGAAAAAAGAAAUUUAAUUGAAAAGUCAUUAAAAAAGAAAAAAGAAAAAAAAAAAAAAAAAAAAAAAAAAAAAAGAAAAAGAAAAUCAUACGGGUAGACAUUUGAGAUUUGUCCAUACGGAGCAUGAAACCACAUUCUUCAUGGUUUCUUUUAAUACUUGUAAUGGGUAUAACCUCUAACAAACAAAGAACAAAAGGCAACAAAGUUUUGAGGAACAACGAGAACAUUGGUACGGUAUUGUUUGAGAAAGGCGAUUAUAUGAAACGUUGUUGGACCAGCGAGGAAUUUACCAUUUUGAAUAGUCGACGUAUGUUUCAAGAUAUUUUACCGAAGAUGAAGGUCAUCGAUUAUCAGAACGACCAAUAUAUAGCAUUGUUAAUGGAUUACUUUCAUAUUUGUCUCGAGUCCGUACGAAAGCUUUCAAUAGGAAAAACUAAACAUUUGAUGCUAAAAGCUUUGGCCGAUGCAAUGGGCGGUUAUUUGCGAGCUUACAUAUUACCAUUUACAAAACAGUCGUAUUAUGCAGGGAACAUCAAGUAUCAUAACGCAAAAAAAUUAUUCGAGCUUUACGACGAGCUUAAAAAUUUCCUUCAUACGAAUGGGAAUGGUUGGUCAAAGUCACGCGGUGAAAUUACACCAUUUAAAACGUUGCCAAUCGUAACGACACCAUCGGAAUCAUUCGUAGCUUGUAACGGAUUAAUUACAUAUCCUAUCCGUGACGAUAGAAAUAAUCGUCAUAUUAAAAGAAGUUUCGCUCGUAGAAAGAAAAAACGAUAUAUCUAUCGAUUAAGAUCGAGGAGACAUUUGCCUGCAGGAUACAACGAUGAUUCUGAUACCGACGAAGAAUCGACGAUUGUUCCUAUUCCAUUUUUGGACGACGAAACGGAACCAAAUAGUAUCGCCGUACCAUUCAAAUCGAACAGCCUUCAGUCUUUACAUUCCGAACGAUCGGCGUUCGUUCUCGUUAAAUAUUACAUUGCCAGCGUGAAGUGUAUCGUAUCGAGGUCGAAAACAAAAGACGCCCUGGAUAAUUUCAAUAGAAACUUCUUCUCUUGGCUGCAGCAAUCAGUAAAACGACAUUUGGACGAUGAAAAAUGGUAUCCAGCAUUCGGUGGAGUUUUGAGAGUAAUUUUCUCAUUGGAAGAGACAGAAGGAAAUAUGAAAAUCAAAAGUAAUUCUUAUCAAGUUAUGCCGAAAAUGGAAAUCGUACACGACAGCGUGUCAAUCGAUGACAUACCACCUCUUUAUAAGAACAAUGAAGUUAUAAUGUUUGGAACUACCGAAUUGAUUAUAAUCGCUGUAGUAAGCGCAUUAUUGGUCUGGUUAUUGGUUGGUUUGAGUCUAGUUUGCUACAGAUAUCUCAGCAGACAUUCCGAAGAAUGUUCACCGUGUGAAUCUCCAAACAUACCAGUCGCAGUGCUCUACGAAAAUACUGAUUAUUCUAAAUGUGAGAGGAGAGUCUCGAAAACGAUCGUCCCGAUGGGACCAAUAGAAAAACUAAAGGAGUGGUAUAAAAACAAGUUCGGACGAUGUCCUGGUGGUUGUCAGGAUCGAUACGACGAGGAACGUUGUUUAGCCGCUAUUAGUUACACCAGCAAAGACACAGUAUCUGGAAGCAGAAUUUGCCAGUGAGAUGAGAAACGAAAAAAAAAAAAAAAAAAGAAAAUAAAAAAAAAGGAAAAACACAAACCAUUGGUAAAUACAUUGAAAUAUAUCAUUUAGAGAUACUCUUAAAUUUGUUGCAGGAGGAAAAAAUACGUGAAAUCUACUUCGGCAUCACCUUCGAGUUCUCCUGUAGAACGAACGAUAUUUAGACGAAACGUUUGCUACACGUCCGAUGCAUCUAGCACGAUGUCCGAGGUUCCAGGGAAACGAAGAAGAUAAUUAAUUAAUU